AUUUCACCAUCUUUUUGUUUAGCUAGAAGCAAUGUGGGGCAACCUUCCCUUUGAUGUUCUAGCUAAGAUCUUCUCCUUCCUCUCCCCAGACUCCUUGGCGCGUGCCAGGUCUGGUUGCCGGCAUUGGCACGUGUGUGUGGAGACCUAUCCCAUGACUAACUCCUUCACCGCACUGCCGCACCACCACCAAGCUUGGUUCUUGGGUUUCCCAGCUCGCAACCGUGGCCAACAUGGUUAUGUCCAUAAUCCGGUCAACGACAAUCGGCACAUGCUCUCAUUCGACUUCUUGCCCGACCCGGUUCGACCCAUUGCAUCUAUGGGUUCCCUCAUCCUUGUAAGACCAACAAAUUGUACAGUCCUUCGGUUAGCACUAUGUAACCCUUUUACAAGGCAAUUUACGUACCUUCCAAUGUUGAAUACCACUAGGAGCAAUCCGGCAGUUGGCGUUAUAACAUUAGACUCGGGCCAAGAUCGUCCAAACCCACACUUUAGAGUUUACGUGGCAGGCGGGAUGUCUAAAGUGCCACAUGGUGGUGCCACAUAAGAAUCCAAUUUGGAUAUGUAUGACUCGGUGGAUGACACAUGGCACGUAACGGGGUUUGUGCCGAUGGAAUUUGCAGUUAGACUAACGGUUUGGACACCAAAUGAGAGUGUCUACUCAAAUGGGGUGAUGUAUUGGAUGACUUCAGCCAGGGCCUACAGCAUAAUGGGGUUUGAGAUCAGUGCCAACACAUGGCGAGGAAUUGGAGUUCCGAUGGCAGACAAGCUCGAAUUUGUGUCGCUGUUGUGCCACAAUGGUGGCUUGACGCAUGUGGGUGGGACGAGUGUAGGAGAGGCAUGUAUAUGGGAGCUGAAAGAUGGGGAUAGAUGGGGCUUAAUCCAAAAGGUGCCAAUGGAAAUGGGGAUAAAGCUUUUAGGUGGGCAGAGUAGUUGGGGCAAUUCUAAAUGUGUGGGCAGUGAGGGUGCCAUUUGUUUGUAUAGGGAGCUUGGAUCAGGAACGGUAGUUUGGAGAGAAAUGAAAGAAAAGGCAACAUGGGCAUGGUUUUGGGUUGAAGGGUGUCAUUUCAUAGGUGGCAAACAAGUGCAAAAUUUGCCAAUUAAGGGCGUCUUUCUUCGCCCAAAUCUUUCUCCGUUUGCAUUUUGAGGA